GCUGGUAUUUCCCAACAGAGGGCGCAAGUAUCGGGGAUAGGCUUGUGAAGGUCGGCGUAAAUUUGGUCACGGAAAUCUUCAGUUCUGGUUUUCUUGCCUAUUUAGGUACAGUGGAAAAAAGAAGCUUUUAUGAUAUGUUUCCUGGUGCACCUCGAGCAGCUUGUGAACAAGAGUUUUCAAAAGUAAUUUUAAAAUCGGCUUCAUGAGAGCGACCCGAGGCAGAAAGCCUCAACACAGUUUUGCUGAGUAAAGCUCACAACAUUUAACACACACACACGGUAGCCGUAGGAACUUGCUGUGAUGUCGGGCUGCUUGGAUGGCAUUGAGUGCCAGCGGCCAGAAUGGUGUGAGUUGGGAGAGAGGAGGAACGCAAUGGCCUCGGUGGCUGCUGGCAUCUUGUUCUUUGGUGGUUGGUGGGUUGCCAUUGAUGCCGCAGCAAAAUACCCAAGUGAGAACGACCUUAUCCAUGCCUAUCACGUCUGUGGAGUAGUCUCAACAAUAGCCUUCUUCAUGAUAAAUGCGGUGUCUGCUGGUCAAGUUCGAGGUGAUUCAUACAACACCGGAUGCAUUGGACAAACAGGAGCGCGUAUCUGGUUGUUUGUGGGUUUUCUCUUAGCCUUUGCUGGCCUGAUUGCUGCCAGCUGGAUUCUGUUUGGACCCUACGUUGUGAACAAAGUCUUUAAAGAUCCUUACCCUGGUGUGGCAAUCUUCUUACAGAAUUUCCUGAUCUUUUUGUCGGGCCUUGUUUUCAAGUUUGGUCGAACUGAAGAGUUAUGGGAGUAAGCCACAGCUGGUAACGAUGAGUCUAUCACCUCUUUAUUGAUUUACAUAUGUUUAUUUUUUUUUGGUACGAUAUUAGACAAUUUCUUUGCCUUGUGUUGCAACUAUUGCUUUGCAUGUACAAAUUUGUGUGUAUAAUUUUUUUUUGUCGAAAAAGAAAUAUUUCUGUCUUUGUAUAAAGGUGAUUAUAAUAUAUGUAGCAUAAAUGUAGCAUCUAGAUUGUGGAUAGGUGAAUUUUUUUUAGUUUUCUUGAGAUCAUAAAUUAAAUUUUAGAUGAUGUCAGAUGCUUCAGGAAAAACAAAAAUAUGUAGUCAACUCAGUGACAGCCGUGUAAAAAUGCAACUUUUUUUUUUAUAAGAUUUAAUUGCAAUACAAAAAUGUGCAAGAUGAAAAAAAUAAAGGGAGGGGGCCAUAUUUUGUAUCAUGCCUUACAAUGGAUUGACAUUUGAAGUGUACAUACUUAGGUUACUUGCUCAGCUGGACAGAUUUUAGUCGAUAGAAUAUCCUCUUGCACAGCAAGGGUCUAUAUGUGAGCAGAUUCGGCCAUUAAUAAUGCAAA